AUGGAAAAUGAAACAAUUUUGAAGAAAUUACUGGGUUUGAUUCCUAAUGAGGAAGAGCAACCAGAGAAGUUUGAGACAGAAGAUAUUCUGGACAAUGUUGAUAUCAAUGAUUUUACACCUGAUGGGAUUGUUAUGGGAGACCAACUGGUAGAUGAUCAAUCGGUCAAUACACAGACAAAUAUAGCUGUCAUUACUGAUGAUGACACCAGUACUAAUGAUGCUAAUGCAACUGAUAAUGUAAAUGUGCAAGUUGAUGAUGUGCAAAUUUCUAAACAACAACAGGGACAAGAAGAGAAGAAAGAUGGAGAAAACAAGAUCUCUGAAGAGCUACCAGUACAUACACACAUUGUUCUGCCACCGAUUGCCACUACAAUGCAAUCUAGAGAAAAGAAGAAGAGAAUGAAGGAACAACAGAAAGAAGCUAAGACAAUCAAACAUACAGUUGAAAUUUUGUCAAGUUUAUUAUCGGAGAUUGAUAUAGACAAUUUUGCUACACCGAUCGAUAAGCUAGGUCAAUUGGUUAAUGAUGUUGGUGAACAGAUGAAAGCAUCUGAGGAUGCGACAUAUGUUUGUGUAGAAAAGGAGUAUAAGAAGAAAACGACAUAG